AUGUCCUCUUUCGGCUCGAAACGAGUGAACCCCUCCAAAUUCACCAUCUCCCUCCGGCGGCACCCCUUCACCCACUUCGGCCUACCCUUCCUCUCACUCAUCGUCCUCUCCUCCUUCGCACUCACGUCGUUCACGACCACACGAUACGAGUUGAGGGACCAGAAGGUGCAGAGUGUGAGUAAGGAGGAGGAGUUGGGCAUGAGGAAGGAUCGGAGGAAGAUUAAUGCUAGGGAUGAGUAUUAUCGCAUGCAAGCCCUCGACCAGCUCGGCGAAUCCGACUCGUACGAGAACAAGCGCGUCGAGCGGCUGCCUGGCCAAGCGGAGUGGGGCGAGUUGCCUGUCGCACGGAAGGGACCUUAG